UUAGAUUUUAGAUUUUUGCAUAUGUAUGAUAUAAAUUAGAUUUUAGAAUUUAAUUGUGAAUUAUUUACGAAUUUUGUGAAGACGUAUUAAAUAAUUUUGCGUAUUUAGAGGUGAAAUUAUCAAUUAAUGUGGAAAUUAGAGUUACUACCUAAAUGUAAAAAUUAGUAACAAUCAAUAUUUAUUUGGCUUUUCGUGUAAUAUUGAUAUUGAAUUUUUCACUCUUCAGAGGUAACGAUGAAUGAUCGAAUUGUAAUUCUCUGUUCUUAUGAUGGGAAGAUUAAUUACCUCGAGAAUAAUAUGCCCGUUUAUGAAGGAGGCACGACGAGACCGUUGUUCAUAACAAAAUCGUGUACUUUCGAUGAUUUGGUUAAUGAAUUACACAAACUUACAUUAACUAACUCACGUGAGUAUCACCUCAGUGUGGUUUGCAAUUAUCCUGUUGUGGAGAACAGAACAAGUGGCAUUCAAAUAUCAAGUGACUACGAUAUGGGUCUCAUUCAUGUCUUACACGACGAGAAGCGUUCGGUCGAAUUGUUCAUUGAAAAACAUCAGAGAGAUUUGGGCAAAUCGUUGAACUACGAAGGAAUGUAUUCCCGCAUGUUGGAGGAUCCUGAAGUUGAUUCUGUAGGCUUUUUAUCUCCUCAACAAGAUGAAUGUUGGACACAAUCACAAUACAUGAGCGGUCCUUCGUUCGUGGGCACUUCGAAUGCUUUCGAUACUAACACGGGAAUUCAAGAAGAUAAUGCAAGUGUUGAAUCCGAGAAUGAUGAUGAAGAGGAGGGAUUACAAAUUAAUAGCAUGACCUUGAUAGAUCGUGAUGACGGGGAAAACCAACACAUCGACGGGGCUUAUGUUAAUAAUGAGUAUGUCGGCUUAGAGGAUCCGCCGCCCGAUGAACUUCAAGGAGAUGAAUGGAUUGAUAACUCCGCGAUGGAAAGUGUUCCUAUUGGCACUAAUAGCGGUGUUGAUACACAGGCCGAGGACUUCUCAUUCAUCAAGGGAGAUCUUUACGAGAGUAAGGAUAAAUUGAUCCAUGCUAUUCGCACGUAUUCCAUUGCAAAAAAUGUGAAGUUCAGGCCUACCAAAAAUAAUACUACAAGCUAUAAUGUGGUUUGUUUCUAUCGCAAAGAUGACGAUGUCGAAGAUAAUAGUGGACACCACGACGGCAAUGCGAGGUGUCCGUGGAAGCUUAAUUCACGCUCGGGUUCAAGAGUAGGUGGGCAAUUCAAAAUCACGGCAUACAAUGGACUCCACACUUGUAGCAAUCCUCGAUUAGAGAUGAAUAACAAGAAUGCGUCCUCUUCUUUUAUAUAUCGAUUGAUUUUACCGCAUCUGAGGGAGGAUCUUGAUCUAAGGCCGAAAGAUAUCCGUCUUUUAGUGCAUAAAGCCACCAACUUGGAUGUAUCAUAUCACAAGUGUUGGAAUGCUAGGAGGAAGGCGAUGAUAAAAAUAUUCGGGGAUUGGGAUAAAUCGUAUGAGAUCUUACCUCAUUAUCUUGAAGCACUCAAAAGAGAAAAUCCGGGGACUGUCUACGAAGUAUCUUCGGACCACGUUGAUGGCGGAGAACGGCGGUUCACCGGUGUAUUUUGGGCAUUUGGGCCCUGUAUUGAGGGGUUUCAAUAUUGCCGUCCUCUUCUUAGCAUUGAUGGAACUCACUUAUAUGGUAAAUACCCCGUAGAGAUGCAUGUACCGGACCGUGUGCUACGGCAGUUUACACUCUCUCAGCAUAUUCCAGAUCCUGUCGAGCAGAUCAAUCGUCGGCGGCGCCCUACAUCGCACCGGACUGACUGGGCCGUAGUCCGUGCGGCCUACAUAGAUAGGUGGGUUCAGAGGUGGGAUUGCAUACAGGAUACGAGGCCCACAGCUGUUGACUAUACCACGUAUAUGCGUUGGUAUUGGGGUAUCACACGUAGAUGGAUCACGCGUGACCCACAGCCUUUAGCUGGACACAUGCCACGCCCACCGACAGAUAGUUACAUCCCUAGUGGGAUGAACGAGAGAGAUUACGUCCGUGUUUUAGAUAGCAUUGAUGCUGAUAUUGAUGCGCACGUGACUGAGAUUCAGGAUCAGGUGGCGUUAGGUCUCCUCAGCAGGAUCAAGAAGAGCAUAGCGCAGGUGUUCCAUAAGACUCACGUCGACGAGUUCGCAGGCCGUGAGGACAGGUCUCGCUCAUUUGGACGGGCGUACGCUCGACGUCGACGGCCGCGUGAUGAUGACGCCGGCACUUCGCAUGCCGAUGGAGCCGGCACUUCGCAUCAGCUGUGCAUGCUGGGUGACCUGCAACUUCACGGGAUUUCAAGUCCCGUGAAGUUGCAGUGCCAAAUUUCCAGAGACUCGAUCUCUGGCAAAUUGUGGACUGCAACUUCACGGGAGUUGAACUCCCGUGAAGCUGCAGUCACAAUUUCCAGAGAUCGAUUCUCUGGAUUUGUUGACUGCAACUCCACGGUGAUAUUGUCAAAAGCGAGGACUUGGAUUGAUACUUGA